CUGCUCCCCAGAGCCUGGGGCAAAGAAGAGCAAGAAGGGGGCAGCGAAGGGCCCCAAGGAGAUGGUGGCGGAGGGCCCCAUCCUGUACCAGGAUCCGCCCGACAAGAUCACCUCCCCCGGUGGGCAGAAGUACACCCUGAAGGUCACAUCGUGGAACGUGGAUGGGCUCCGGGCCUGGGUCAAGAAGAAGGGCCUGGAGUGGGUGCGUGAGGAGGACCCCGACGUACUGUGCCUGCAGGAGACCAAGUGUGCAGAGAAGCUGCUGCCCCCCGAGAUGUGGGAGAUGCCCGAGUAUCCCCACAAGUACUGGGCCUGCGCCGGGGCCAAGGAGGGCUACAGCGGGGUGGCUCUGCUCUGCAAGACAGAGCCGCUCAGCAUCACCUACGGCAUUGGCGAGGAGGAGCAUGACCAGGAGGGCCGGGUGAUCACGGCCGAGUUCCCCUCGCACUUCCUGGUGACUGCCUACGUGCCCAACGCAGGCCGGGGGCUGGUGCGGCUGGAGUACCGCCAGCGCUGGGAUGCCGCCUUCCGGGCCUACCUGCGGGGGCUGGAUGCUCGCAAGCCCCUGGUGCUCUGCGGGGAUCUCAACGUGGCCCAUGCCGAGAUCGACCUGAAGAACCCCAAGGGCAACAAGAAGUCGGCAGGCUUCACGCCCGAGGAGCGCCAGGGCUUUGGGGAGCUGCUGGCAGCCGGCUUCACUGACACCUUCCGCCACCUCUACCCCGACACGCCCCACGCUUACACCUUCUGGACCUACAUGAUGAAUGCCCGCGCCAAGAACGUGGGCUGGCGCCUCGACUACUUCCUGGUCUCAAUGCGCCUGCUGGGGGCGUUGUGCGACAGCAAGAUCCGUUCCCAGGUCAUGGGCAGCGACCACUGCCCCGUCACCCUCUACAUGGCCCUGUGAGCAGCCUGAUAUGGUCCCAACACCCCUGUAUGGCCCUGGGAGCAGGGCGGGAGGGGGUGGGCCAUACAGCCUGCUAUGGCUCUGACACCCCUGUAUAGCCCUAUGAUGGAGGGGUUGGGGCCAUACAGCUAGGUAUGGGCUCAACACCCCCUCUAUAGCUGUGGGAGUGGGCCCAUACACCUCUCUAUGGCCCUGCGUGAGGUGGGGGAUCCAUAUGGCCAUAUGUGGCCCUGCACCCUUCCUCUCUAGUCCUGUGAGUAGGAUGGCCCGUACACCUCUAUGGCUUUGUGAGCAAGAAGGGAUUGGGCCCACAUGCCCUAUACAUCCCUGUGAGGCUGGGGGGAGUAGAGGGAAAGCCCCCCCCAGAUCAGGGGUGACUUCCCCCCAAAAUGAGACCUGAUUCAACCCCCCCCCCAACUUGUGGGCCCUGGUGCGGUAAAGCCCAGAAUAUCAGCAGAUCCUUCCCCAUCUGAAAGACCAUGAGCCUCCCAAAUUCAGCCCUGAACCCCCAAACUCACCCAGUGACCCCCAGUCUGAGGCCAGGAGGCUCCUGAACUCGUACCCCCUGAGGGCCAUCCAAGCAGCCCCCCUUAUCCCAACCUCCCUCCAUCCUAGCCUCCAGAGAAUUUCUCACCCCAGGAACUAUUUUUUACCUGUAGAAUUAAGCUGCUGCCUUUCCUUUAAACCAGCCCCCCAUUCUUUGCAGGGGGAGGGGCACAGAGCUAUGAGGAGCAUUGAUUAAAGUCUUUGAAAGGA